AUGUCAGACGACUUCAAACCAGGACAUGCUCGCCACGACACCGCUCUGAUUCACGGACUAUCCUCUACAGAAGUCCAAAAGCUCUCGGAGACAUGUAUUGAGGCUAAAGCAAGGGCAUACUGCCCAUACUCGCACUUUCGAGUCGGAUGCUCACUGCUGCUGACGAACGGCGUUGUCGUACAAGGGGCCAACGUUGAAAAUGCAGCAUAUCCCGUAGGCACAUGUGCCGAGCGAGUAACCAUUGCCACCGCGGUCUGCCAGGGAGCAAAGAAAGGCGACAUCCGGGCGAUAGCCGUUGCGACUGAUAUCAGUCCUCCCGCAUCCCCUUGUGGGAUGUGUCGGCAGUUCAUCAGGGAAUUCUGCGAGCAACACACCCCGAUCCUAAUGUACGACAAGGACGGCAAGUCGGUAGUCAUGACUUUGGAGCAACUACUUCCGAUGUCAUUCGGCCCAGAGAAGUUGUUGAGCACUGAAGAGCUUUCCAAUGGUGUUUCACGAUAG